GUGCUCCUUCGUGGACUCCAUCUUGUGGAUUAAUCGAACGUCAUGAAAGACACAACGGUACCACCGCCGUGGAUGCAAACACCAAUAUGUUUGAAAACCUACAUAGCCAGGCGGAAUCCCCACAUCGCCCAAAACCUUUCUCCUUCACGACACGCAUAAUUGGCAAAUAUUUCUCUUGACUUCCAUAAUGCAGACAGCAGCGAAUGCAGUACAGAAUUCCAUGGGCGCCGUCCCCACUGUGGUACACCCCGGGUAUAAAACUCAAGAGGGAAAGACUGUGAAAGCCCUUGCCUGGUUCGGCACAAAAGACGUCAGACUCAUUGAGGCACCCGUACCCGACAUUACUGAGCCUGACGAUGUCAUUCUAAAAGUGACCGGAACGACUAUCUGUGGUUCAGACUUGCACCUAUAUCAUGGCGAGAUCCUGGCUUUACAGAAAGGCGAUAUUCUUGGACAUGAGUUCAUGGGUAUUGUAGACAAAAUCGGGCCUAAUAUUAAUAAUUUGAAAGUCGGCGAUCGAGUAGUCGCUUCCUUCCAAAUCGCAUGUGGCGAAUGCGACUACUGCAAGCAAAAGCUCUCGUCAUUCUGCGAUCGCACGAAUCCAUCGACUCUCCAAAAUGCCAUGUACGGUCACCGCGAUGCCGGAUUCUUUGGCUAUUCACACUUCACUGGUGGCUUUGCAGGAGGACAAGCGGAAUACGUCCGUGUGCCCAAGGGUAAUGUGAACCUCCUUCCAGUCCCUCAGGGGGUACCCGACGAAAAGGCUUUAUACCUCUCGGACGUGCUCUCUACAGCUUAUCACUGUGUUAUGGAUACCGGUGUGACGGACGGUGAUGUUGUUGGCGUUUGGGGUUUAGGUCCCAUUGGUCAACUCGUAGCCAAAUUCUCUCUGCUCAAGGGUGCGAAGCGAGUGAUUGGUAUCGAUCAAGUCCCCGAGCGACUCACGUUUGCAAGAGAAAAGACUGGUAUCGAGACACUCGACUUCUCGGUACACACAGAUGUCGUGAAACGUCUCCAAGAAAUUGUUCCAGGCGGACUUGAUGUAGCGCUUGACUGUGGCACUUUUCACCAACCGAAGACUCUCCUGCACAAGAUCGAGAAAACACUCAUGCUUGAAACCGAUGUUUCAGAGAUCGUCAAUGAGAUGAUCAUGUCAGUCAAGAAAGGCGGCCGUGUGGGUCUUAUCGCAGCCUAUGCAGGAUACACGAACCAUUUCAACAUUGGUGCGCUGAUGGAGAAAGGGGUGAGGUUGAUCGGCAACGGACAAGCUCCGGUGCACAAGUGGUGGAAAGAAAUCUUGGAUGAUUAUAUUCUGACGGGAAAGUUGGACCCCACUUAUAUUGUCACGCAUCGGGUACCUUUGGAAGACUUCCCGAAGUUGUAUGCUGCAUUUGAUCAGAGGAAAAGUGGUGUUAUCAAGGUGUUCGUCGAGACGAAGUUCUCGAGUCCGCCUGCUCCUGGAUGCCCCAAGACGACUCGUGUGGACGAAUGGGCGCAGUGAAUGAAAUGAAAGCCAAAUCCAGAUUAUUCCUCCUUUGAUAUUGUGUAGCAAAUAGUUCCAUUGUAUUAACAUUGUACAGAAAGCAAGAAAUGUAUCAAUAAUGCCCGAACAUUCCUAAAUACUGAGUGGUUGAGUCAAUGUGGCACGUACCUACACUCCCUGAUCCUCACUCUUGAAAUGCAACACAUCACUGCCCUGCCCAUAGACCUUCUCCCACACAAACUCACUCUGAUGAUUCUCCAUCCCAAACGCAUCAAUCAACUCAGCCGCCUCUUCUCCUCCACAUACCACUUCCCCAGCAUCUUCCCUUCGCUUCCCCUUCGCACCUUGACCCCAAAUUUUCUGUUUUCCGGUUUCGUCAGGAGGG